GCCUCCGUGGUUCUAGUAUCUUCAGUCCUUUGGCCAGCCACCAGCAGGUGGGCAGAUGUCUCUGCGUGUUCCUACGGACGCUCAGGAAGAGCGAGUGCGCAGGAGUCAGCAGCCGAGGUCCCAUCUCUCAGCGGUCCCGGAACAGCUCAAGCAGGGAAAAGGGACGCUCCCCAGAAUGUGAGAUUCCCACCAGGAAAGGCUGUCUGUUUGACAGCCCCUACGACCUACGCGGACCGUGCUGCCACCCCGAGUUGUCCUUUGAGUGUGCGGGAGUCAAAGGUGUUGGGCCAGAGCAGCAGCAGCGAUUCCUGCAUCUCUUCGAGACGGCGCCAACCUGCACCCAGCCUAAGCUUCAGGCAGCCCCGAGACGUCCUUUAGUGCUCUGAGAGUCAGCGCGGCCCGGGGUCCCGGUGACCCUGGAAGCCCCUUCAGGAGCGGAUUCCCACCAGGCAGCCUGCCUGCCAGCGUGGAAGAAACCUGGAAAGGCUGGAGUGAACAGUCUUGAGACCACGGAGAGAGGAGUGGCGUCCCUGGCCCAGGCCCUUCCCCACGCGGGGCGACCGUGGUCCCCAGGCCUGCGGGCCAUGGCGGACAGUGGCAGCUCCACCAGCAGCUCCAGUCCCUGGUGGAAAUCACUAACCAGGAAAAAAAGCAAGGAGGUCACUGUGGGGGCGCAGCCUCAUGUUCAGCCAGAGGCCGAGGACCAGUCACCACCUCACUUGGAUCGGACUAGCAGCUCUCGAGAGAACCAGCAUUCUGAUGUCCUUGGGGACACCGGAGAGCCUCCAGAUAAGUUGUGUGAGGAGAAAUCCGGCAAUAGCCGGCGCAAUUUGAAGAUCUCGCGCUCAGGCCGAUUUAAGGAGAAGAGGAAAGUGCGCGCCACACUGCUUCCUGAAGGAGACAGGUCCCCUGAGGAGGCUGACUUUCCAGAUGACCCCCAGGAGGACAAGCAAUAGCCUGAGCAAGCUUCUGAGAGAGAGAGAGAGACAGAGAGACAGAGACAGACUAUUACCCAAGUUCAGAAUAUUCAGAGGCCCAAGGCCUUCAAUAUUUACAUUUUUUCUAGAAAGUGAAAUGUCAGCUGAGUCUUCAAUACUCCAUGAUCAAAGACGAGUAAGUAUUUAUUUGUGGGAAGGAUAGGUAUCUGCUUCCGAGGAAGUCGGCUUUUUAAAAAGUUAUUCUGAGGCCUCGCUGUUGUUCCCAUCACCUGUGGAAGUGAAAAGGCUGAAUGGAUCUCUUGGAGGCAAUAAGUAUGUAAUCAUUUCUCCCGCUUCCCAGAUGAGGAAGCCGUGCUCUUACCGAGAACUCCAGAGAGCAAAUUACAGUACUGUUUUCAAUGACUGAGACAUGCACUUUAGGGUACUACCCUAGAUUUAUUCCUAUGUGAAGGGGUGGGAGAGAACCCCCCUCCUAGUUUAGAAGCGUUGAGAAGAUUGUUUUAAAUGAGGACUGCAAAGCUGUAUGCCUGUUUAUUGUGCACUAUUAAAACUGUUGAACUGUAA